AUGAUCAACCUCGAUUACCCGGGAUUGCAGCUGGUCCACCUGUCAAAAUCGGGCGGGCCUCUCUUUGUGGUCCGCGAUUUCCUUUCGCCCGACGAGUGCUCCAAACUGAUGGCCAAGGCAUGCUGCAACCCCGCAGGCGGCACGCACUGGCACGCCUCCCAGCACCCUUCAUCUCUUCUUCAGGCGAAGCGCGAGCUGCGCGCCUCGCGGUCCGGCUUUGCGAGGCCAACGUUUGGGCGCCAAUCGCAGCACGUGUUUGUCUACCUCAACAACGUUGGCGAUGGCGGGGGCACCGCCUUCUACAAGCACAGGCCCAUGAACACGAACAGGAGCCGAUGGGGAUCAUCCCUCAAGAAUCCAACAGGCGAGUACGUGCGCUUUCAGCCGCGUUCGGGCAUGGCCGUGGUCUUCUUCCCUACGAUCCGCCCCCCGGCCGAUGGCCAGCCGGUUUGGAGAGGCUUUCCGCGGCGCGACGCCCGCCAGACCUUCCUUUGCGACGAGAUGACGCACGCGUCGAUCCCGGCAGUGGACGAGAAGUUCAUCUUGACGCAGUGGAUCUGGCCCACUGACGUGGACAAGGACCGCAGCGUACUGACCUCGGGGGCCAACACAGAGACGGUGACCACGGAUGGCGUGGUGGUCCGCUGA